AUGCGUAUCAGAGCGUCGAUGGGCCCUCUCGUGGCCCUGGCCUCGCUGCCACUUGCAGCUGCCUUGCCACUUGACGACAACACAACUUGUGCUGCCGAGACGGUUUUCAUCACCGUCGGAGCACCUGCACCUACCAUUGCGUUCGGCACCACUGUCAUGAGCAUGGUCAGCACCGAGACCGUCGCCGUGUCCACUGUCACCGUCUACCCUGAGUCUGUCACUACUGGGUUCUCUGCCACCGCAUACCCAGUUCCUACCGAGACCACUUCGGGAACCGGUAGCGUUUCGACUGUCUUUGUCAGUGGAACAACCGCUGCUACUAGCGUCAUCGUACCUCUCAACUCCACUACUUUCGUCGCCCCGUUCCCUACUGGCAAUGCGUCCUCACCUUCAAUCUCUGGUACCACGGCUCCUUCAGGAGUGAUCACGGGCAGCCUCACGACCGUCGUUACCAAUGAGACAACUUCUGAGACAAGCGUCCCCGCCAGCUCUACCACCGUUGUCGCACCGCUGCCUUCUGGCAACGAAUCCUCCACUUCCGUCCCAAUCAGUGCCAUUUCAUCUGCUGGUGCUAUCACGGGUGUUACGACUAUAAGCAUCAGCGGAUCUGCCGCCGCGACAAGCCUGAUCAUCAUCGCCAACUCUACCACUGUCUUCGCUCCCCUGCCAUCCGGAGAUACCUCCUUGCCACCACUGCCAGGAUCUCCAACUACAUCGCCUCCUUUCCCAACAGACAAUGGUACAACUCCUGCGCCGCCGCCAUCUGGCACUGGUAUCAGUUCUCCAGUCCCGACCAACGCGACCGCGUCGACUGCCACCAGUAUCGUCGUGUCACUGAACUCUACCACCUUGGAGCUGCCGCUUCCGACAAAUGCGACAGCUCCUGCACCUGGUAAUAGCACCGUACCCACUCCAUUCCCAGGCAAUGGAACUUCGGCACCAGCUACCGUUCCUCCAUCUUCCACGGGCAACGGUACAGCACCUACCGCUCCUCCUGGCCCUUCUGAGAGCGGUGCAGCCCCGUCAUCUUUCAACGGCACUGCUCCACCUUCUACAGGCAAUGCGACAGCUCCUACUGCUUCUCCUGGCCCUUCCGAGAGUGGCGCAGCUCCGACAUCUGCCAAUGCUACUGGUCCUGCCUCGCCUCCCGCGAACGUGACCAACACUGCAAACGGAACUGCCCCUGUCCCUUCUGGGCCAGGUACUACUGCACCAGCUAACACGACGGUUCCCCCUAUCCUGCCAACGGGCGAACCAUCGUCCCCGGCCAACUCCAGCCUGCCUGCUGGUCCCGCAGCAAAUGCCACAAGCGCCCUGCUCCCACUUCGGGCCCGACUGCACCGCCUCAAGGUGGCCAAGGUGGUCAAGGCGGCCAAGGUGGUCAAGGUGGCUCUUCUUCUAGUGCUCCGCCUCAAGGUGGUCAGGGUGGUCAAGGCGGUCAGGGUGGUCCUUCUUCAACUGCCCCCCCUCAGGGUGGACAGGGUGGACAGGGUGGCCAAGGUGGCCCUUCUUCCAGUGCUCCUCCUCAAGGUGGACAAGGUGGCCAAGGCGGACAAGGCGGCUCUUCUUCCAGUGUUCCGCCUCAAGGUGGACAGGGUGGACAAGGUGGACAAGGAGGUCCUUCGUCAACUGCUCCCCCUCAAGGUGGCCAAGGCGGUCAGGGUGGUCAGGGUGGUCAGGGUGGACAAGGAGGUCCUUCUUCCAGUGCUCCCCCUCAGGGUGGUCAAGGCGGUCAAGGUGGUCCUCCUUCUUCGACUGCUCCCCCUCAAGGUGGCCAGGGCGGUCAAGGUGGUCAAGGUGGACAAGGUGGACAAGGAGGUCCUUCUUCUAAUGCUCCUCAAGGCGCACCAUCUCAAGGCGGUUCUUCUCAGGGAGAGCCUCCUCAGGGUCCCCCACCUCAUGCUCCUCUCCAGGGCGCUCCUCUCCAGUCCCACGCCCCGCCGGAUUCAGUUCCACCGCCACCUGAGGGUUCUCAGCCAGGACCUGCGCAGCCUGAUCUGGCUCAAUCGGCUUCAGCUCAACCUGACCUGGAAUAGCAUGAUUCUUGAUUUCGACGAUCUUCCUGGUCUUCACUUGGCGCCCGGCACCGACCCCAUGGACAUCGCCCCUGAUCCCGUGUACAGCCCUUACCGCCACUUUACCUGGUCUGAGGGCAUCAAGAUUAUCCCUGGCUCAGCUGCGCCCUACAAGCCGUCUUCUGGAGAUCUGAUGCUCCAGGUUCCAAACGUUGCGGGCGGUGAUCAGUUGGCGAAGAUUAGCGUCGGGGACCUUCAAGGCCACCCAUGCUUCCGCUUUGACUUCAGCGGUAUGCGGGCUGGAUGCGCGUCCAAGAAAGCCAACUGCAUUUUCAACAUCACUGGUCUUUCGUGGGACGCCGAUGCUCAGACCGAGGUGGCCGUGGGAUCCCAAAUUUCCAGCACGCGAGCUUGCUCUCGUCAAAAGAACUGCAAACUUGGCUCCAUUGUCGCAGAUACGACGGCUGGGCUAUACAACCUCACGUCUCUUCUCAUAGACGUCACCGCACAUAAUCAGCCACAGAAAUGGUGGGCAGACGACUUGGCGAUAACCUGGACUGACACUUCUUGCGGUGCUGCCAUCUGCCGCUCCCAUGUGCGAGACACAUAUCCGAAGCGUGGUCUUGGUCAGGGAAUGACUCAAAUCGUCAAGGUCAUCCAUCCAUGA